AUGAAACGACCGAGUCGCCCAACUGCCAUGAAUCCAGUCAAUGACCUCAGCACCACUCACACAACCGUCUCUGCCGACGCUGGCCAGUCAAGAUGUAAUUUUGAGUCAUCCUUUGUGAACAUUGCUCACAGCACCGGCUUCGCAGAGUGGGCUGCCCGGGCCGAUGCGCAGAACCAGCAACUUGGUGUAAGCUCAUGGUCUCGGACCGAGCGGGAUAGAGCCAUGGCAACCUCUUCGGACGAAAAAAAACACAAGUCGUCAGCAUUUGCAAAGUUGUCGCAGCCGAAGAAGCGCAAUGACGGCGAAUUGGAGAACCUAAAGGCAGGGCCAAAGCUGUCCUGUAAGGGCGAGGAGAGCAUCGAUGGAGAUGAGGAAAUGGACGACGUCAAUGCCCCUGAUAACUUUGUCGCCCACUAUGCCAACUACAACUCUAUGGACAUGGAGCUUGCCAUCCUGAAGAGGGCGCUUAUGCAGCGGCGACGACACUCGUAG